AUGACACCACCCAGAAACAACAUGUUAGCAACUACAACAUCAUCAUCAGAUCAUACCAUUAUGAAAGACCAAAAAGUCAGACAACGAGCUUCAAGAGCUUGUUUGAAUUGUCGUGAGCUCAAGAUCAAAUGUGAAUCUUCAAAUGAUGGCAAUUGUGUCAGAUGUAACCGUGAAGGGAAAUCUUGUGUCUUUGUUACUAGUAAAAGAGGUGGACAUUAUGGUAAAAACAGAUCAAAUUCAUUUGAUAAUGACCGGAUAUUAAACAAGUUGAGCAAGCAUAUAGAUAAUAACAAACAUUCAUUGGACGUUGAACGUACAUCUGAUGGUAACAAAAGAAGAAAAAGUGAAGAUAUUUCAUUAACCACUAUUCAAAACCCUUCAGAUUCAUUAAAUUUAUUAGCUCAAGCUGCUUUCAAAGGUAAUGAUUAUCCAGUAAAUACAUCAACUGAUAACAUUCAUGAUCAAAAUAAUGAAUUAUUAUUCAAUUCUAAACAAAUUUAUGAACAAGAAGUUGCAAAAUCAAGAUCAAAUUCAAUUCAUUCUUCAUCAUCAUCAUCAUCAUCAUCUAGUCAAGAUACAUCUAACUCAAGUCCAAACGAACGGUUAAAGAAAUUUUGUCUCGUGGAAAGGGGAAUUCUUACACCAACAACUUUUAAAACUUUGAUUUCUACAUAUUUUAUAAGGCAUCAUCAAUAUAUGCCAGUAUUACCAGCUCAUAGAGUUCUUAGAUCUGAUUCUGAAUUAUGUGAUUUAGCUGAAAAUGAACCAAUUUUAGCCAUAACAUUUGUUAUUAUAGCUUCAAGAUUUGAAAAUUCUAAAAUCCAUCAAGAAAGUUGGUCAUAUAUGUCUUCAAUUAUUCAAGACUUAACUUUAGGAAUAAUUAAACCAACUUUAGGUGCUAUCGAAUCUCUAUUAACACUUUCAGAAAAUGUCCCCAUAUUAAAACAAGUUGUAAACCACAAGGAAUUAUAUGAAUUAGAAGAAAGAUUUAGUUGGAAUUUAGUUGGUCAAGCUGUUAGAUUAAGUUAUUAUUUAGGUCUUGAUCAAAAAACUUUAUUAGAACCAAAUGAUGCAAUGAGUGAAGAAACUCAUAGAAUGAGAUUCAUAUGGACUUAUUGUCAUUUAGAAGAACGUCAAACUUCAAUUAGAUUUGGUAAGGCAUUUUGGACUCGUGGUCCAACCCUUUGUUUCCCUGGUAUUAUGGGUCAAUCAUAUCUUAAUAAUAAUUAUAAUGAUCAUGAUAUUUCAACAACUUUGAUCCCCUCGGUUCAUACUCCAGAUGCUUAUUCUUCUUAUAUUCAAGCAAUUAUUGAUAGUACAAAUUUAAUGUCAAAUAUUCAUGAUUUAUUAUAUCCUUCAAGAGAUCGGACUAUAUCAUUAGUUAAUCAGGGGGAUUAUCAUAAAAUCUUGGAUGAAUUUACAAUGGGUUUCACUACAUAUAAAUUAACUUGGAAUUCCAAAAAUUGGGAUAUUUUAUCAUUAAAUGAAACUGUAUGGGUAAGUUUCAAUUAUGCAAAAUUAUAUGCUUAUGGAUUUGCAUUUGAAGCUCAUAUGAAAAGAGCUACUGAGAAUUCUUCAAAUGGUACUAAAAAUGUUAAGAAAAUUUUCCCCAAGACAAUGGUUGCAAGUCCUGAUGCAAAAUUUAUAAUUGAAGCUAAAAAUGCAGCUGUGGAAAUUUUGAAAAGUUGUUCAAAUAACCUAAGAUCUUAUGGUGCAAUGGCUUAUCUUCCUGCGAGAUAUUAUGGAUAUUUUGGUCAUUCUGCUGUUUUUUUAAUCAAGAUUAUAUUUACAGGUGCAGUUUGUUAUAAAGAACAAAAAGAAAUUUUAGAUUUAAUUGGUAAAUUAAUUGAAUGUUUUUGUGAUGAAUUCAAAAGUCUUGAUAGAUAUCAUCCAUUAAUUAGAUGUGCUCAACAAUUGAAAAUCUUAAUGCAAACAUUAUGGACCUCAUCAUCAAAUCCUCAUAAUGAAUCUCAUUCAGAUGAACAAAUUGUUCAACCAGAUACAACAUUCCAAGAUGAUUUGGAUUUAAUGAGUACAUGUAGUGAUUCAUUAACUGGUGAUAUUUUCAAUUUAGUUGAUAAUUUUACAUUUGAUCAUUUUAGUCCAAAUUUAAUUGAUGAAAGUGCUGAAGCUGCUACUCAAGAAUUAACUUCUUACUUUACAAAUGAUUUAAAUAGUAAUGUUUGGUUGUCAUAUUUCCAUACUCCAAAACCAAAUCCUUUUUAA